AUGGCGUCUGUACAGAAGGCCGGAAAGACUGCGCCACGUCUCAUUUAUGAUGUCCAGCUGUAUGACCCAGCACACGAUCCAGACACAGGCCGUAAUCUCCUCUCAGAAACUCCACCCAUUUAUCCACAAGGCUACAAAGGCUUACCUGGAUUCAUAUCACCAGAAGCAUGUCGACACGAAUAUGCCUUGAAAGAAGACCAGACCUUCAUGUCAGAGGCAGAGCACCGGAGAAGGCCUGGUACUUCGUCCAAGGUCUCAGCCAUAUGCACAAAGUGUCGUUUUCAUCUUCAAGUGGUGGUCAACUACACCAGCCAUAUGGGCGCAUUCGGUCAGAACCAGGGGAAACACUUGCAUCAUUUGGUCUACAAAUCAGGACGGCAGAAGCAUGGCCUUGCGCUACCAGAAGAAACUCCCAAGGGGCAGAUCGCGGAGACGUAUCACUACCAAUGUUCCUACAUCUCAUGCUCAGCUAUGGUGUCUUUGCGAAUUCUUUCACCGAUUUUGAGCCCGGAAUUCAUCCGCUUGAUGACCGAUAGAGAGUUAUUGCGGAAACGAGCCCAAGAGGCCACUGCAGCGUAUGCUGAGUCCAUGGAAGGCAUGGGUGAUCCGCAGCCGAUCAAUGUAUUGGAUAAUCUGCGUCUGUACAUUACCAAUGCCCUACGAAACCCACAACGCAGCAAGCCCAUUUCCUCUGUCAAUAAGAGGUUCAUGCACUCUUUCGGCGUGGAAGGUGCUCCUUGUAAAGAAUUACUUGAAUUUCUUGAGUUUGUGUAUGAUAAGGAUACCGGGGCAUGGCACCCACCCAAACCGACCUCUGUCGCCGAAAAACCUUACCAAGACACAUUGCGUCUCUUUCUCGACGACUUGCUGCAUGAAUUACUGGUCUUGAUAUAUCAUAGACCAGCCUCGGAAAGAAAAGGAAGCCAGAUUCCCGAUCUUCCUUCUUCUGCCAUCCCCGUUAUUUCCUGCGCUCUAGAAGCGCAAGACUAUCCGAAAGCUAUUCGUUAUAAGGAGUUUGAAAUGGCUCAUGCUCCUUUCUAUGAAGACCUGGGGGUGAUGGAGGAUAUGUCCUCGUCGACUGUGGUCGAAGCAUACAAUCGACAGAUCUCAGUCGAUCCUGGCAGAACCUCGCUGUACUUGUCUGCUCUCAACGCUGUCGGCUUUCUGCGUGGUGCCGAAGACAAGGAAAUCAUUGACAUAGCCGUCCAGGGAGCAUAUGAACAAGGGAAGUACACCGUUGAGGAUGUCGUCGUCGCGUAUCAAUACUUCAAUCUCCACUUCGAUGAUCCAAACCUCACUGAUGACAGCAUCAUUGGCAAAUUCUAUGCCUUCCUCAGCUCUACAACGCAAGAGACUGAAGCACGUCAGCAGUUGUGGCGAAUUGGCGACUCUAGGGGAAGUGCGCGUAUUAAAGCGGCAUCAGAAGAGCGUGUUUCUACCGUUGAACAAGCGAAUGUCUUCUUGGGGGUUGAGGAUCAGACCCCAGAUGAUUUCGUCAUGACCAUGUACACCGCAAAGGUCAAUGACAACCCACUUACCAAAGAACUGGCGAAACGCGCCGUGGCACUCAUUGCCGAGUCCCGCAAAUCGGUCGCAUUGAAUCACUUCAUCAAUACCGGAGAGAUGAUUGCUGGUGAAAUGGACAUUGGUGAUGCCUAUCGUCUACUCCAAAUCCCUGAUCGAACUGUCGACGAUGGGGCAAUCAUAGCCGCAUAUACUAUCUGCAUCGAUGAAAACCCAGGGGAUGCCGAGAGAUACAAUCAAGCUCUGACGAUCAUUGCCAAGCAACUGGACAGCUCGACGUUGAGGAAUAUGGCAGGUAUCUCCAAUGAGCCUGACAGAAGCAUGAAAGAUUGGCCAGUCGGACUACAGAACAUCGGCAAUACAUGCUAUUUGAACAGCCUGUUGCAGUUCUACUUCUCCGUCCGUCCUUUCCGUGAGUUGGUCUUGGAUUUUGAACGCUUCCAGGUGGAUUUGAAUGACGAGGAAAACCUCGCAAAUAAACAAGUGGGAUCACGAAAGGUGACGAAGAAGGAGGUCGAGCGAUCUCAGCGAUUCCUCAAUGAGCUCCGGACUUUGUUUCGUAGCAUGAUCACCUCAUCUCAGAUAUCGGUUUCUCCCGGCCAGGAACUUGCUCGGUUGACCCUGAUUAGCCCAAGCAAUGAGGCGGCAAUGCGUCGUCGAUCGACGAUAACUGCUACUAGAUCCGAUAUUCUUGGUGAAAUCAACGGUGCUCCUGUUCUAGGGCCCCUUGGGCCUCCGCAGUCCCUUCUCGGUGGGCAGAUGGAGCCCGCUUCAUCUUCUGUCCAAACUGAUCCCGUACCUAUUCGAAACGCGACCGCCAGCGAUAACGGAAGCGAUAUAACAUUGGUCUCGGAUAACAGCAUGGACGAUGCACCUGGACUCUUUAUUGAAGACAAGGAGAACAACCCCCCAGACUUGGACCAAAUGUCGGAUCAAGCAGAAGCAGGAUCUCCCCAGGACAUGAAUCUCGACCUAGACGACAGUGCAUCGGAAAUACUACCACCCCCCGUCCCUCCUCGCAACCUCCCUCAAGUUGAUCGGGAAAAACAAUUGAAGGAGGAGGUGGAAAUUGGUGCCCAACAGGAUGUGACAGAAGUCAUCAACAAGGUUCUGUUCCAAAGCCAGUGCGCCAUCAAGCCUCGAGGCAUUGGCAGUGACGGUGAACAGCUUGACCAGGUCAAAGACUUGUUCUACGGCCAAACCCGCUCUUACAUCUCCACCGAUAAAGGCACACGUUCGAAGGACGAACGAUGGUGUGACAUCAAGGUUGAUGUUGCUCACGGAUCUAGAAACAUCUACGAUGCCAUCGAUGGGGCAUUUGAUAUUCAAAAGAUCAGCGUGGAAAACUCUGUGGCCGAGCAAUUCGCUUCCAUCAGCCAGCUUCCGCCUGUUCUCCAGAUCCAGGUGCAACGGGUUCAGUUUGAUCCUGUGAAGAAAUGUUCGUUCAAAUCUACAAACCAUCUCGGGUUGCUUGAAACGAUCUACAUGGAUCGAUACAUGGACACCAAAAAUCCAGAUGUUGUGGAUCGACGAACUCAAUGCUGGGAGUGGAAGGCGUCUCUGAAGAGGCUCGAGGCUCGCCGAGAAGAGCUUCUCAGGACAAAGGAGGGCACCGGUGUCGAUGUUGCAACAUUGUUCCGUAGAGUUAAAACCGCACUUCAAGAUGUGAACUCCAUUGAGAACGACGUUGAGAACGACAACGAAAACGACGUUGAGAACGACAAUGAGAACGGCAUUGAGACCGGCAAUGAGAACGACACUGAGGCCGGAGCGGAGUUCAGGUCCGACUCCAUGAAUGCUGUGGCUAGCACGGAGUUACUGGAAGGUCUCGAGUCUCUUGCCCACAAGGCAGAGACCGACCUGCGAGCUGUCGACCAAGAAAUCCAGGAUACGCAGACCAUGAUUUCCAGCCAAUUUGCCGAUUUCCAUAACCUCCCAUAUCGACUGUAUGCCGUUUUUGUGCAUCAUGGCUCAGUCUCAUUCGGCCAUUACUAUAUCUACAUCUUCGACUUUGACAAGAAGAUAUGGCGCAAAUACAAUGACGAAUACGUCACCGAAGUCCAGAACGUGGAUGAGAUCUUCAAGAACGACUCGACCAGCAACCCUCCGACCCCGUAUUUCCUUGUUUAUGUCAACGAUAGCAUGAAAGACCGUUUGGCAAAUCCGGUCUGCCGUGAGGUAUCUGACAUGUCCGACUUUGCCGGUCUGGAACAAACCACCUCCAUGGAGGGUGUUCAGCCUACCAGCCCUGCGCCAGACGUGAAUAUGGAACCCCCAUCCUAUGAGGAAGCGGCAGGCAUCAAUGGAACUCCAGUCUUGGUAGAUUCCAAUGCCGCGCCCCUCGAUUCGGCCGCUGUCAACCCUCUAAAACGCAAGAGUGUUGACGAAAUGAAAUCGAUCCGUCCGACUUAA